AUGCGCGGUAAGCAACAAGCAUUGAUAAGCAACAAGCAACUUACCGAAGAAGACUCGCAGCAGUCGCAGCUGUCCAGUUCGAGUAAUCUGCAACUGGGCAAUCAUCUUCAGAAUUUGGUUCACGCAAGCAAAGAUCUAUCGACCGUGAAGACGACGAGGCCGACGACACCCGUCCUGGCGAACGACGGAGGGGGCGGCUUCUGGCUGGCCACGGUGGCCGCGGGGGCAGGUACCCCAGCCGGGCUGCCCCCGCACGGGACUCAUCACCCAGCCAUGGACCCAACAUGUGGAUCCGCCGAAACCGGCUUUAUCAAUAGUCAACCUUCCAUGGCUGAAUUUAUGACAGCGUUGCCACAAUUAGCUGGAGACAGCAGCAUGCAACACUCACCUGGUACCGGCGGGUCUAUCAGUCCUGGUACUCAUCAUCCCGCAUAUCAUACCAUGAUGGAUCCCCACGGUGUCGCUGACCCCUCAGGUGUCAAUGUUCCUGAGUAUCCUUGGAUGAAGGAAAAGAAGACCACUAGGAAAAGUAACCAACAAGAAAACGGCCUACCAAGAAGAUUGCGAACUGCCUACACGAAUACACAACUCCUCGAGUUAGAGAAAGAGUUUCAUUUCAACAAAUACCUUUGCCGACCACGGAGAAUAGAGAUCGCCGCUUCUUUGGAUCUUACAGAGAGACAGGUUAAGGUUUGGUUUCAAAACCGACGAAUGAAGCACAAACGACAAACACUUAGCAAAGAAGACGGCGACGAGAAGGACGGUUCUACUUCGGAUGGGAUGGAGAAGACCAAGAGCGACAAGAUGUUAUCCAUCGAUAACGACGAGAAGAAGAGUUGUCAUAACUGUGAUAUUUCGAGCGUCGGCGACGUCGGGAGCACCCUUACCGGUGACGUUACGGAUUUGGGUUCAUCCGGCCGAAGGAGCAGCAAUAACAAUAAUACACCCGGUGCGACUAACAAUAACAACAACACCAACAACAACAAUAACAACAACAGCAACUCCGGCUUCAACACAAACAGCAACGGUGCUAGUAGCGUCGGCAGCACGAAUAGCGUGACCAGUUCGUUCGAGAAGAUGAUAGUGGACGACGACUCAAGAUCGCAGGAUGGGAGCGAGGUGACGUCGCCGAGCGUGACGAAGAAAUUGUCGAGCGAGGUGAGAGUGAAGGUCGAGAGCGGCCACAAAAGUCCGAACACCGCGAAGCAACAACAAAUUGCAGUGAGCAAGAGAUCGCCAUCGGCCAACACGAAGGAUAUGUGCUCAGUGAACAGCAAUGGCGUGUUACUAGCCAUGCCGGACUCCACGGUCAGCACGCCGGUUCUGCCCGGUCAGAAUUCCACGAGAAGUCUGACACCUUCCUCCACACCGGGAACACCCGUGUCCGUCCAGCUGCAGCAGGGCAGCCCGCUCGGUAUCCAGCAGGCGACUCACACGGCCUACAUGCAGCGACCGCGAAGCUCGCCGUCGUCGACGACGUCGCUGUCGGGUCCGAUGUUGCACGUGAACGCGAACCCGGACACGAUGUCACCCCACGGCGGCCGGAGUAUCUCUAACAAUCAGCAAGCGCAUUUCCAGCAGCAAGGUGUAUAUCAGACCACACCAGCGCUCGAUUACCGGAACGGCCUGUCCGCCAGCAGACAAAGCGUACCAACAGCGACGCAACAAACUCAGAUGCAGGGCGGUUACUGUUCCAGAGACACGUACCAGCAACCAAGAAUCUCAUAUCCGGCUGAGGUGCAUCCCUUGUACGUGAGACAGAACCAAGUGGUGGGAUCAAGAAUGGCGCAUCACGUCAGAGCGGCGGGCACAGCGUCGAGGUCGAUGUACGGCGCCAAUAUACAGUUCCAACAGCAACAGUCGCAGUAUGGCAGCACCGGAGAGUACAAUGGAUACCCCCAAGCUGGACCGCCUUAUCACGCUUCUUAUCACAGAAGCAUGCAAAGCGCCAAUGCCUACAGCUCCGGUCAAGGAGGAUACUCGGCCGCGCAGAGCGAGCAAGGUACCGACGGCUAUAUGACUUCUGGAAAUUACGGUUAUUCGACUAGCGGUAGCUAUCACAGCGCGAGCGAGAAUCUUGCGGCUCACGGCCACGCCGCCGUGUCCGUGCAGACCGCGCAACACUACUACAACGAUAUCCAGCAGCAACAACAGCAACAGCAGCAGCAGCAGCAGCAGCAGCAGCAGCAGCAGCAGCAGCAGCAGCAACAACAACAUUCCCAGCAACAGCACACCGCCGAGGGCUAUGUGACUCAUCAGCCGGCCAUGCACUCCAGCUCCGGCGAUUAUCGACCGGGGAACAAGUGUCACCCGAGCGCGUAUUACGAGCCAACCGGUCAGCUGCACGUUCAUCAGGGCGGUGAGGCCUCCAGCAUCCCGAGCAGUUACGUCUCGUCGCCCGAUCCGUUCCCAGCGCCCGGGAUGACGACAACCGCGACGGCGAUCGCACCUGCCACAGCGGCGGUUAUCACACCACCCGGAAGCGCCGGCCAGGCUGACAGCAACAACGAGUCCUACGGCAAUUACGGGAAUUUCUACGGCGAGCCGGUACAUACCGCCGCGCCGCCGCCGUCCGCCGAUAACAGCAACAGUUCAUCCGACUUCAACUUCCUCAGCAAUCUGGCGAACGACUUCGCGCCCGAGUACUAUCAGCUCAGCUGAGUCCACGAGACCGAGAACCCUUGCCAGCUGGAUUGGGGCGACGAGCAGUGCCUGCUCAAUGCCUUGUACUGAAGAGUUGCGUUGUGGUAUGUGGCUGUAUAAAAAUUCCUCGUGAUUUGUGUACAUACUCGUGAUCUACUAGGACUACCGUGUAUGAAAGAGAUUGCGAAGACAAAAGUGGUGUCUAAGGAUGGGAGAGAUAACCGGAGGUGUCGAUACGUAAAACAUACCAUGUUCGAUCUUGGUUCUCGAACAUCUCCCAGUUCACAUAGGAAUUCCUUUUGAGAGUCUGGCGAAAUUAUUUUCGGGGCUGAGAUUGAAUUGGCCAAGCAAUCGAGAUUG